AUGGUCAUUCAAUUCUUCGUUUUGGGAUCAUUGGGUGAAUUUUUAAGAAAAGACAGACAGGACUAUUUAAAACUCCCUUACAAGUUAAAAAUACGAAUGUUGUUUGAUACAGCAAAGGGAAUGCAAUUUUUACACGAAAAUCGAAUCAUGCACUUGGACUUGAAACCAGACAAUUUGUUGGUCAAUUCAUUGGACCCACACUCGGUGUGUUCAGUCAAAAUCACAGACUUUGGUACAUCACGAUUUGUCAAAAAGACGAUGAAAAAGAAUGAAGACAAAGGACUUGGGACUCCCGUAUACGCAGCACCAGAAACUUUCCACGACGAAUACACAUACUCCGGAGAUGUCUAUUCAUAUGGGAUUACAGCCUGGGAAAUCUUUUAUCAAGAAGAGCCUUACAAAGAACUUAAAUCUGUGUUUGAAAUUAAAGACCAUGUAGAAAAAGGGAAAAGAUUAAUUCUUGACAAAAGUAUGCCACCAGAUUAUGCACAACUUAUUCAGUCGUGCUGGAAACAAGAUGGCAAAGAGAGACCAACAUUUGAUCAAGUAACCAAAUUGGUUGUAAAAGUCGACGACGAAGUUGCAGCACAUACAGGCCUUGAUGAUGGUGUUAGUCAAGAGAAAAUUGAUGAAUUCGCAAUGAAAAGAACAGAAAAGAUGCAGAAACAAAUCAACGAUUUAUAUAGAAAUUAA